AUACCCAUGAUCAUGAUCGUGAUGAUUCUAUAAAAAUCUCUACUUUUUUGUUUCCAAGGCAUGGCUUUGAUUUCAAUAAUUUCCCGACUGAGAAAACUAGAAGGAAACAUCAAAUUCUCUUCUAAUUUCUAGUUUUGAGAGAAAGAGAAAAACAGAGAAUUUUUUUAUUUUUGUUGGUGGAAGCUGCGCUAUAUUUAUUAAUAAUCAGUUUUUCUAUCUAAUAGUCUGUUUUUCAGCCAACUGUCAUGGAUUCUCUCAACUCUAAUAAAGAAAAGGUGGAAUCUCUCCUAGCGGAAUUGGAUCAUUUGCAGAAAGAGAACCAAGCUCUUAGAUUGAUGUUUGAAGCAAUAAGCAGCAGGUACAACAUGCUUCAUCAAGCCUAUCUCCGGGAAUCAAACUCGCAAUUACCAAGAGGCUGCAGCCUCUUAACGCGGUUUGGUUUAUAUGAUGAAUACUCAAACAAGAGACUUAGACCUGAAGUUCCAGUUGUAAGGAAGGAGUCACAGGUUUUUGUGAAAACGGACCCUAGGGACAAGAGCCUUAUAGUUAAAGAUGGAUUUCAAUGGAGGAAAUACGGCCAGAAAGUUACUAAAGAUAAUCCGUCGCCUCGAGCUUAUUUCAGGUGCUCUAUGGCUUCUGGUUGCCCUGUUAAAAAGAAGGUUCAGCGAUGCGUUGAGGACAAAUCUCUUCUUAUGGCAACAUACGAAGGACGACACAACCAUGAUAUUAAUGCUGUACCAGGACAAUCUUUGUCUUCGACAGGCAGCUCUGCAAUACUAUCCAUGACGACGAGCUUUCCCCAUCCAGUUCUGGAUAAUCCUUUUCAACCCAAUCUUGAUCUCACUCUUUCAGGAUCCAACAGACAAAACAGUAGAAACGCUCGAAGUGUUAUGCAAGAUUACAGCUCCAGCAACGACGAUGACAACAACAACAAGAGAACUGAGGACUAUGUUGCAUCCUUAACAAGAGAUCCUAACUUCACUGUAGCGCUUUAGCUGCAGCAGUUGCUCGCUCCAUCACCGGACAGCCUAAACCAUCAACCCCAUGAACUUCAAAAGAAACUAAAUUACUUCGGUAAUUUAAAAUUUUGAAAAGAGGAAAAAUUUUUAUUCGGCAAGUAUCAAAGGCUUUGCAUCCGUAUUUAUGCAAAUAUCAGAUGGCGGCAUGCUAGCUACUAUAUGUUCCAUAAACUAUUUGCUGCUAGCUACUAUAUGUUCCAUAAACUAUUUGCUAUCUAAAAUAAUGCGUCUUUAAAUUAGGUUAAGGUUUUGCUUAAAUCUCGAGAUUUUCAAGGAAUAUGUUUUGCGAUCCUCAAGUGAGUCCGCAAGGCAUCCGACGUCAUCUCAAGUUGUGGUUCCACAUUUCUUGGAUUCAUACAAUUUCUGUAGUUUUGCUACACUGAUAAUAUGACUAACUUAAAUAGUUAAUAUGA